UAAAUAUAAACGACAGUUGUACAAAUGCAGAGGAGGAAAUGUGAUGUGUUGUUACAUUUCCCUUGGCAAGAUGUCGGGUCACGAUCAGUUGGUCCUCUGUUUGUGUGAAUUAACAAGGUUGCUGUGGAAGCUGCUGCUGCCUCUGGUGUUUCUGUGUGUGCUGCUGAUCGCUGUCCUGGUCCUGCUGGUGCUGGCGGUGCGCUUCUGGCUUCAAAGCAGCAGGAACGCUCGGCGAGCGAGGGACGGACGUCCUACGGUGGCCUUCUUCCACCCCUACUGCAAUGCUGGUGGUGGGGGAGAGAGGGUGCUCUGGUGUGCUAUCAGGGCGCUGCAGAGCAGGUAUGUGGACAUCAACUUUGUGGUGUACACGGGGGACCUGGGUGUGACAGGACAGCAGAUCCUGGAUGGUGCGCGACGUCGUUUCAACAUCGUGCUCCCCCGCCCAGUUCAGUUUGUGUUCCUGAGGCACCGGCUGCUUGUGGAGCCCGGCCUGUUCCCUCACUUCACCCUGCUGGGACAGAGUGUGGGCUCCAUCUUCCUGGGAUGGGAGGCGCUGACGGAGUUCGUCCCGGACCUUUACAUCGACUCCAUGGGCUAUGCCUUCACUCUGCCUCUGUUCCGCUACUUGGGAGGCUGUAGCGUGGGGAGUUACGUUCACUACCCCACCAUCAGCACUGACAUGCUGUCUGUAGUGAGAGAGAGGAACCCCAGGUUCAACAACCCAGACUACGUCUCCAACAGUCUGUUCCUGAGUGCCUUCAAGGUGGUCUACUACUGCCUGCUCGCCCUGCUCUAUGGCAUGGCCGGCUCCUGCAGCGACCUCAUCAUGGUCAAUUCCUCCUGGACCCUGGAUCACAUCCUGUCGCUGUGGCACGCUCCCAACCGCACCAGCAUUGUCUACCCGCCCUGCGACGUCAGCGCGUUCUUGGAUCUCCCGCUGGAGGAGGACGGGGACAGGAAGUGCCACUCGAUUGUCUCCAUCGGGCAGUUCAGGCCGGAGAAAGACCACCGGCUGCAAGUCAGAGCUUUCAAGAAGGUGUUGGACAGGGGGAGGACGGGGGCACUGAAGCUGGUUCUGAUCGGUGGAUGCAGGAACCAGGAAGACGAGGAUCGGGUGCUCAUGUUGAGGGGGCUGUGCCAGGAGCUGGGUGUGGCCCACAGGGUGGAGUUCAAACUGAACGUACCCUUUGAAGAGCUGAAGAGAGAGUUGGGAGAAGCCACCAUCGGACUGCAUACCAUGUGGAACGAACACUUUGGAAUAGGCAUUGUGGAGUGUAUGGCAGCAGGGAAAGUCAUUCUGGCGCACAAGUCCGGCGGUCCCAAGAUGGACAUUGUGGUACCUUUCGAAGGAGGCCAGACGGGCUUCCUGGCUGAUGACGAGGACAGUUACGCGGAGGCCAUAGAGAGGAUCCUGGCGCUGCCGCCCGCCAGCCGGCUGCACAUCAGACGCAACGCACGUCAGUCCGUGGCUCGCUUCUCAGAUCAGGAGUUUGAAGCCUGCUUCCUGGCUGCUAUGGAGCCUCUGAUGGGAACACUUCAGCGAUGAGUGUGUGUGUGCAUGUACAGUUAACGUUAUAGUGGCUACUUGACACUUUGAGCACCUUUUACUUUGAUGCACUUAGAGCUGCAUUUACACUGUAGGACUGGUGACAGAAUCUGAUUCAGAGAUCACUCACACGCCCACACAGAGGGCGGUUUAAGUUGCUGUUAAUCUUCUUUUCUGUUUCUAAUUAUUCCUAUGAAUGUGCGAGUACAGUUCACGUACACGGACCUAUAACAGACAAAUGUCUGACAAUAUCUUUGCCCCUUUCUAGAUACAGAAAAUUGUGUAGUUAUUCUGUUAAGAGUUGUUUUUGUAAAUACUAGAUUAUCUGUGAAAUGACAGUUCAAGCACUUAUCGCAUUUUUACAGGACGCAUUCCUUUUGUCAGUAGUGUCAGUUAAUUAAACAGUUAUUAUAUUUAAUAUGUUGAAAAUGGCUGAUGGGGAACAAAUUAGUGUUUGGGACGGCUGAUAAAUGUAACUUGUCAGAACAGAAACAUUUAUUGUUUACAAGAACUAGAAUUCUGUACAUGUUCAAAAUGUGAAUUAUUUUUGAUAUUGACGACGAAUGUAAUAAAGAUAUGAUGCGAGUAA